CUUCGAAAUUUUGGAGUUGCCGUCGAGAAAUUGAUAGUAUAAUGAGUUACACUUCGGAUGAGAGGACUGUUCCUCGCGUUCAGGUUGAUGGAUUUGGAUUCUUGCCCGAUGAUUAUAGCAAUAUUGUUCGAAGAUACACGAUCACUAAUAAGAACAACGCGGUAGUCAGAUUGAUAACUUUAGGUGCUGGUAUACAAUCGAUAACGCUGCCGAAUAAAAAUGCCGAUAUGGUCGAUGUGAUUCUUGGGUUCGAUAACGUUAACGACUACCUUCAGAUCCGUCACAUCGGCAGAAUAGUCGGCUGCCAGUUAAACUGUGAUGACUGUGCUUUCGACAUGGUUAAUUGGGAAGCGUAUAUUUUGGGUGAACAAGUGGUAAUGACGCACGUAAGCUUGGAGCCAGAGAUACUGACUCAGGUGACGUACACCUGGACUGAUGAGAACCGACUGCACGUGGAUAUAUGCGCUUACGCGACAAAAUGCACUCAAGUUGACUUUGGAUACCACUGCUUUUUCAAUUUAGCUGGGCAUGGUAUGGGUGCUAAAGAACUAGAAAAUCAUUACGUCACCGUGAAUGCAGAAAGAUGGAUAGAGCAGGACAUUAAGUGCAACUUGCCAACAGGUGUGCUGAAAAAGAUCCAUAAAACAGUUUACGAUCUACGCUAUCCUACAAGGCUAAAUGCCAAAAAAUUACGUCAAGUUCCUGGUGGCGGCUAUAACCAUAAUUUUUGUAUUAACAAUCCAAGCGGCGAGUGGUGUUAUCGGUUUCAUGCAAGAAUGACCCACCCAAAUAGUGGACGAUCGUUAGAAGUUUUAUCAAAUCAUCCGGCGAUGAAAUUCUACACAGGAAAUGAUCUACCCGAUCCCAAUAGAAUCCUAUUUCGAGAUAUCUAUAACAAUGAUGUUUCCGAAAACCGUACAACAUGCUUCAAAAAAAUUAUUGGCAAAGAUGGACUACCGUACAGAAGACACGGAUGUUUUGCGUUAAUUCCUCAAGGUUAUCCAAACGCAUCACAAUUCCAACAUUUUCCAUCAAAUCUCUUAGAAUCCGGAAAAAUUUACGUGCACAAUCUAACAUACGAUUUCGGUGUCGACGACUUAAUUGUAUAGAUUUUUUUAAAUGUUUGCUAGUAAAAAGUCAAUAUAAA